AUCUCGGGAACUGAUACUUUAAAGCAAUAAAGAUAUUAUCGUGACUUGGAACUAUACGACUUUAUAAUCACAAAAUACAUGGAUUCCACUACCCACUAAUUAAAAUAGCAAGGGGCAGCGCUCGUUCUUAUCACGCUCACCGAUUUCUGAAGACUGAUUACAGUCAUUAUCCCAUUUUGUAUCAACUUUGUGAAAUUAAGAGAGGGAUUAUAAAAGGAAUCAGUUCGAUAGAGACUAGAUACAGUUUCAAAUCAUGGCUAGCAGAUUAACUUGGACUUUUCUAGUCGCAGUAGCUGCCCUCCAGCUUUCGCUUGCAGCGCCUCCCAUUAACAAAUGGCAGUUACAAUUCGAAGUGUCCAGUGAACUCUUUCAAAUGGUAACAGAUGCCAUGGAACAGCUGAGACAUGUCUUCCAACUGGUCAUCGACGAGGCCGAACUCAUUUUACCACCGAACUCCAAAGGACACAUUCUCAGGGAGCUUAAGGACUUCGUCGCGGCCUUGGACACCCUGGACUUCGAUGAUUCAUUCGAACUGAAUAGACUGGAGGAUGCUCUUGAGGAAUUGGAAAGCAUCAUUUCGAUAGCAGGCAGCAAAGAAUUCGAAUCGGAAGCUGACGAGGUUGUGGUCCAGCUAUUCAUACAGCACGGAGUUGAGGACCUGGAGCAGAUCCUGGAAAGAAAUUUGGAAACUACUCUGAAAACCGUAGAGCAGAAGGUGGAGAAGUACAUGAGCACAUGGUCCGACAGUCGGUUGGCCAGGAACGCGGAGUUGGUCAAGCAGUUUAAUGAUUUUAAGAACGAGAAGGAUAUCUAUGAGAAGCUGGACAAGUUAACCAACUCUGAUUUCAUUUGAAUAAACAUAUACACAUAAAUAUGUUUCAAGUACAUUUAGCUUUAAACCAAGUACUAACAGAUACAUAAGCAGAACGUAUAUAUAAUUUACAGUAACUGCCUUCAAGUAUCAAAACCAGUAGUCCAGAGUUCAUGAUUUGUAUCAUAUUAGCACGCUCGCCGGAAGCUAAAAAUUGAUUACAUAUUGCAGCUGAUUUAACAAUCAAUGAGCAUAUAAUAAAUACGCUAUUAAGUGUUUACUACUUAGUACAGGAAUGACGUAAGAAAAGUGGAAUUCAUUUUGCUAAGGCAUUGAAUACCUUAAUAUACCUUUUAUAGUUUUGUAAACUGUCAGGUUUCAAUUCGAAAGUUUUAAUGAUUUUCAUUCCUCCUAUUCAAUACACUUGUUAUUAAGUCUAAUAAAUAAAACA